CAGGAAGUUGUCUUGUGAGGGAAACCUAAUGACAAACUGAACUGAGCUUAUUAAAUAUCCACAGACACAUACAUCGGUAUUUGUUUUGUCUCGAUUGAUUAUUCGUUGUGUGUUGUGCUCGUCUACAGGCGGAUCGGACCGUUUGCUGUGUUUACUGUCAAACUUCACGCGCGCGUCGAAGAGGUCGCGACGGUAACCGAGUGCUAAAUAAAACCAGGUCAGAAUGGCGGAUGACUUCGACGUCGAGGCCAUGCUGGAAGCGCCUUAUAAGAAGACUUGCCUAAUGAUAUCUCACCUCUACUCCCCUGAAUACAUCUUUGAUUCCAGUGUGAACUGUGAAAAAAAGACAAGCUGUGAGACAGAGAUGGCAUCGAGCUCUCACAGUCCAACAACGCAAACUGGGGAAGAUCACACGGACUGACAACCUUCACUCUGGAAUGCCCUUUAGCAGCUCUAUAGCAUGACAACAACAAGACUUAGGCUAAAAAUAGCAGGGUACCUAUACUACCCUAAAAACACAUGGCCUAGCAUGUCAAGACCUUGAACUUACACAAGACAAGGCCCCCCUCACCUUGGAUUAUUUACAACAGACCAUUAGAUUACAUUCAAUUUGCACAUGCUUUUAUCCAAAGUGACAAAACGAGGAAAAACACAAGCAAUUUAUCAUAAAGGAGCCAACAAUAGUAGCAUUUCUGUCUUUUCUCUUAUCCCCCUCCCCUCUUAAUUUCCAAUGUUUCCUCUCCAUCCUCAUGUUGUUCUUUUAUCAAUCUUGUUCAGGGUGAAAGCAAGUCCUCUGGCGCAGAUGGUCAUAAUGAGGAACGCAGCAAAAAGAAAAGACGUAGCGGCAGUCGUAGUCCGAGCCCAGGUCACCGGAGGAGUAGAAGCGGGGGCCUCAAGAAGAGCCGCGAACAACGCAGGAGCCGUAGCCGCGAGCGGAAACGUUCACGGAGCAAAGAACACAAGCGGUCGCGAUCCCGCAGCAAGGAUCGGGGUGGACGUUAUCGUGGACGCAAAAGCCCCUUUAUGGGGCCGAAAUUAAAUGGUGGUCCUGGAGGGAAGACCGGCCCACCGCAUUUCCCCAAACACAGUCGCAGGCGCUCUCGGAGCAGAAGCCCAUUUAAGAAGGACAAAAGCCCUGUCAGGCAACCGAUAGAUAAUCUGAGCCCAGAGGAGAGAGACGCCCGCACAGUGUUCUGCAUGCAGCUCGCUGCCAGAAUUAGACCCAGAGAUCUGGAAGAUUUCUUCUCUGCAGUGGGAAAAGUCCGUGACGUAAGGAUGAUCUCGGAUAGAAACUCUCGGAGGUCGAAGGGCAUUGCAUACAUUGAGUUUGUGGAUUCGACAUCGGUACCGCUGGCGAUCGGCCUGACGGGGCAGAGGGUUCUGGGAGUGCCUAUUAUAGUCCAGGCUUCACAGGCUGAGAAGAACAGGGCGGCAGCCAUGGCCAGCAUGCUCCAGAGAGGCGGUGCAGGACCCAUGCGGCUCUAUGUGGGCUCCCUGCACUUCAAUAUAACUGAAGACAUGCUCAGGGGCAUUUUUGAGCCAUUUGGAAAGAUUGAGGGCAUCCAGCUAAUGAUGGACAGUGAGACUGGCAGGUCAAAAGGAUACGGAUUCAUAUCAUUUGCAGAUGCAGAAUGUGCUAAAAAAGCCCUGGAUCAACUAAAUGGUUUCGAGCUUGCAGGGAGGGCAAUGAAGGUGGGUCAUGUUACCGAGCGUUCGGAUGCCUCGUCUGCAAGCUCCUUCCUGGACAGUGAUGAACUGGAGAGAACUGGCAUUGACUUGGGCACAACAGGUCGACUUCAGCUGAUGGCAAGACUCGCAGAAGGUACAGGACUGCAGAUUCCUGCUGCUGCUAAGCAGGCCUUACAGAUGAGCGGCUCUGUGGCAUUUGGAAAUCUGGCAAAUGCCUCAACCACACAACAUCUUGUUCCCAAUCCUGGGAUGAACCAAGCUAUGAACCUUCCAAGUCAGCCACUUGCUACGCACUGCUUGCAGCUCUCCAACAUGUUCAGUCCACAGGCGGAAAACGAUCCAGGCUGGGACCUGGAGAUAAAAGAUGAUGUCAUCGAAGAGUGCAGAAAACAUGGAGGCAUUGUUCACAUAUACGUCGACAAGAACUCUGCUCAAGGAAAUGUUUAUGUGAAGUGUCCAACCAUCCCAGUAGCAAUGGCUGUUGUAGGCGCCCUGCAUGGUCGCUGGUUUGCAGGUAAAAUGAUCACAGCUGCCUACGUGCCUCUCCCUACCUACCAUAACCUGUUUCCAGAUGCUGCCACAGCCACAGAGCCCCUGAGGCCCAUGCACCGGUGAUCCACGGAGUGACCCCUGCUGAUCAUCUGGAUCCAUAAGCUUACCCUACAAUCCCUUCCCAACUGAACAGAGACAGUCCUGUCAUGGAGGGCCGUCUAAUGAAUGGAGUUAGAUUUCACAGUUGGACUGUAUUUUCAUAUUGUAUUUUAGCAGGGGUGUUGUUCUGCAAUUACAAUCACCUUCUCUGCGUUUCGCAAGCUUCAGACCAGCUCUCAGCUUUCUGUACAGUGGUCUAUUGAUAAGUGAAAACCUGUAACACCGUCGCCCUCUCUAGAUGAGCUCUUAAAUCCCGAAAACAUUUUUUGAAAGGUAUUUGAGCAUCUUUCCGUUUGUUUGAUUUUUCUCAUAAGGUUUCUUUCUUUGUUUGGUCUUCAAGUCAAAGUUUUCAUUGGUCUUCAUCUUUCUGUGAUUGGCAUUGUGUUGUGAAAUACUGGUUCAUUUUCCUUUGUUUCUUUAUUUUUAAGCAACAAAAGACAACUAGAAAAAAAGAUAAAUUUUUUUUCUGCAGUCUAGUUGAGCUGUUUAGCUUUCUAAUACAUCUUUGAAUUUAUAACUUUUCAUAAUCAAGAAUUGAUUUUUCUAAAAUCUUCUACUGAUUAAAAGACUUUCACAACACUGUAAAAA